AUGGAAAUAACCGAGACCAAGGUCAACCACCGUAAAUUACUUGAUGCUAUUUUUGCUGUAUGUGGUGUUCCAGAUUCACACUUUCGUCCAAUCAGCUCAGCUGUUGAUAAACUCGAUAAAACACCAUGGAAUGUUGUUCGAAAUGAAAUGGUUCAUGAGAAAGGUUUAGCACCAGAAGUAGCCGAUAAAAUCUGGAGUUAUGUUCAAAUGCAUGGAAGUGCUGAUCUAGUUGGUAAACUUCAAGCUGAUGCUCAAUUAACAGGUCAAAAAUCAGCGAAUGAAGCAUUGGAAGAUCUUGAUAAACUCUUUCGUUAUUUAACAUUAUAUGGUGUUAUGGAUAAAGUUAUAUUUGAUUUAAAAUUAGCUCGUGGUUUAGAUUAUUAUACCGGUGUUAUUUUUGAAGCUGUUCUCACAAAAUAUCAAUAUAAUCCAGACUUAGGUGAUGAUCAAGUUGCUGUUGGAAGUGUUGCUGGUGGUGGUAGAUAUGAUGAAUUAGUUGGUAAACUUGAUCCAAGACAACGACGUGUACCUUGCAUUGGUGCAAGUAUUGGUGUUGAAAGAAUAUUUGCAAUUAAAGAAGUUCAAAUGGCAGAAUUAAAUAUUCAAACAAAAACUGUUGAAACAGAAGUAUAUGUAGCAUCAGCUCAAAAAAAUUUAAUGGAAGAACGUAUGAAAUUAUGUGGUUAUUUAUGGGCGAAUGGUUUUAAGGCUGAAAUGGCAUUUAAACGUAAUCCAAAAAUGCUUGAUCAAUUACAAUAUUGUGAGAAAAAUCAAGUUGAAUUAUGUGUAAUUGUUGGUGGAGCAGAAUUAGAAGCUGGAAUAGUGAAAAUUCGUGAUGUUAUUACAAGAGAAGAAUUUGAAGUUAAACGUGAUCAAUUAGCCGGUGAAUUACGUGUUUUUCUUGAAAAAGUUCGACAACGAACAAAUCAAUCAUCUUCAAAACAAACGACAACUAACUGA